AUGGCUUGUACCCUCGGCGCCGGACGGCCCGGGGGGGAUUUCGGGGGAUGGAUUGUACCCCCAGGAUCGGGCCGAGGAGGCCGGGGUCCCCGCGGUCCCCCAUCUAUCGUGGCUCCUCUCGCUGCCCCGCAGGCGGAGCUCUUGGUGCCGGCGGGCACCAUCCGGCGCUGGCUGCAGGUGGAGGGCGCCGAACCCACCGCCCCAGCCGAGGAACGCCUGGGUCCGGCCUGGCGGCUUCUGCGGCGAGCGGAGACCCAGCUGGGCGAGCUGGAGCGUCGGCGGGCCCAGGACAUGAGAGACGUAGAAAGCUACGUGGGCUAUGUCCAUACACUGAUGGAAGAGCAGGAUGCCAUCGCCUCUGAAUAUGAGAAGGAGAAUGAGCAGCUCAGGUUGGAGCUGGCACAGCUACAGCUGCAACAGGGCAGUUCCUGAUCCGUUUCUGAUGCUCUUGCAAUGAAUGCGCUGGGUGUUGUUGGAGGUUGUUGGAGAUCGAUGGUGCUCCCAAAGGCCUUCCUGAAAAAGAGCUGGAAUGGCAGUGAAACACAGUGCUGGGGGAAGCUGCCUGGAUUUGUUUAAAAAGUGGAAUUAAAAGAAAAACCAGUCA